ACACGUGACGUCACCAGAGGACCUGAAACAUGACCGACUGAUGGACGAAAGUUAGCGAGCAGCGUUGGUGUUCAAAGAUCCGCGACCCUCUCGGUCUGUGCUGCAGGUACUCGACCUCUGUUGUGCACCGCAGCCGUGUUAUUGUACGUGGACGCGUCCCGCACACGAACCGGAGGUUUUAAGAGGAGUUCGUCCGGUAAAAGGCCUCAUUGAACCGGGUGUUAGCCCGCAGUAUUAGCCUCGCUAGCAGCACGAACCAGCGCCUGCUUUUGUUUUUGUCCGGGAGGGCUGACAUUGGUGGGCAUUUUAGCCUUUUUCAGCUCGCGGUUUUUCUUAAAAUUUGCAUUUUUUUCCUACAUUGGACUGUGUGGCCCUUUAGUGAGACUCUGGAGGGUUUUUUUUAUAUAAUAUAGGUGGGGUCCCGUCCGUCGUGCAGCGUGUUGGCGGUGCUGUUCAUCAAAGGCCAACUUAACGCGAUAAAGCCAUACUUCUCAGUAACCGGACACACACCGCUGGACUUCUUUUUGUUGCCUGUUUGUGAACAUUUACACCCCCCGAGGAAAUCAUGGAUUCAAAGCGGUCACACAGCAAACCUCAAACGAGCGGCAGCAGCGGCGACUCCAGCUGCGGCAGCCCGGCGUCCCCCUCCAGCAGCCCGGCACCGACAGCGAGCAAAGCCCCGCUGCCCGGGGGAAACGUGUUCGCCAACGACGGCAGCUUCAUGGAGAUGUUCAAGAAGAAGAUGGAGGAGGAGGAGAAGAAGAGGAAAAAGCAGACGCAGCACACAGGUGGAGAGGAGAGAGCUACCGAGCAAGGACAGACACCAGUGGAAAAGAAGCCCCCUCCCGUGACGAGCUUUGUGGGGAAGCGCAGAGGCGGUGUGUUCCUAAAGACCGGCAUGGUUGCGAAGAAGCAGAAAAACGACACAGAAGUUGAGCCAGGCAAGAGCGAUGCUUGGUCAAAGUACAUGGCCGAGGUCAAAAAGUACAAAGCCCACCAGUGUGGUGACGACGAUAAGACCAGGCCUCUGGUCAAGUAGGUUCCCGAAAGGCGGACAUGAAGCGACAGUGCUUUUGAGGGCAAAAUCAUCUGAGAGAAGUUCCGGGAGGGCCGGCCAAUCCUGACCUUCUCAUACUGCCAGUUCGAGUUACCUUUCACGUAGUCUUUCACAAACUGCUUAGAUUCACAGACCUUUUCCCCUCUCUCUCUUUUUUUUUGUAUUGUUUUUUUGCCUUGCUUGUCGUUUGUUGGACUCUGGUAAUUUGAUCUGGUGUCAAAAGAUGUUUCAGAAACUUGGCGUGCAUUGUUGAUCAUUGUUAAAUAUUUUCACAUUUCUCAUGUUUGGGUUAAGUUAGGGUUAAUUAAUAUUUGAAUUUGAUUUAAUAGCCAAAUCAAGGUGUCAAUUAAAUCUACACUGCCCAUUA